AUGCGUCGCUCACGACGUCAUUUAAAAGAGAAGAAUAACCAGAGCCUUGAUAAGCACGUCUUGACAGCGGCACAGCCGUAUGUGAUGAGUGGCAGCACGAUGCCCAAUUCCUCAACCCCAGAUCAUUCUUCUGGAGUUGCUGUUAUCGGACAGAAUGCUGAGGGCCUAGCAAAUCUUUUGAACACGCCAUUCAGUGAGGAGUGUUUCUCGCAGUUGGUGUCCGAUAGUGCGCACUCGUAUUUGGACUUCGAUUUCUCAGGCGAAACAACACCCGGCACCAACCAAAUCCAAAUCAUAGAGCCAGGUCAGCAAACAAGCAGUCUCCAGAACCAGAGACCAUACCAUACCCCCAGAACCGGCACGCCCAUGCCAGAUUGGUUUAGGUUGAGCCACGAACAAAAUCUGUACGAGCACAGCGCCGCCCAGUUCUGUGAUUUCCCAGAAAUUGAGCAAGACGACAAUGCCAUUGAGUGUACACUUGCGCUCUUCUCAGGACGAAUAAUAGCCGACAAAGCAGAGCCAAAGCCGUUCUCAACCUAUAAAACCUAUAGAAUCACUGCUCUUUUCCAAAACGCAUAUGGGGAAAGCCGUAGACAACAGGCAGUGUUGGACAAAGUCAAGGUGCUGCUUUCUUUAGAGCAUCAGACCUUUCUCACCAGUCUCUUGAGCAAGAUUGACUCUGGCAGAGAGCAUCAGAGUCUAGACCUAAACGGCCUCCCUGUGAGGAAACUUAUUCAGAGGGCGUUCCGAGAGCCAGGAGGGCUAAGUUUGUUUAUCAAGGAACAGGAGGUCACGCGCAUACAAGAGCGGUUUUUUGAUCCAGUAAAUUUGCCUAUAGAGAUUAGCGACAUGUCAUUGUUAAUUGCCUCGCUCGCUUGGGGAGCUUUGUUGGAUCCAGAAGUGAGCUCGGUUUCCAAAGCAGCACUACUAGAUGCUGUGCUGGAAAUUUCAACGUUGCUACUUCGCCAGAACGGUAGCAUCCGCCAGUUCUUGGCGCUUGUUGCUGUACUCUGUCUUGCCGAGAAAAUAGGACUAGAAAACCUACCUGCGCUCAUAAUUGGCAGUGUUUCGAUUGCAGCAUCCUUGAGUCUCCAUUUGGAUCCUGUUAUACGCAAGCUCUGUGACAGUGACGAGCAAGCCAUCCGGACUAAACGAGCCAUGUGGCUACUCUACUGCAUUGAUAAAUCACACGCAUUAAGGUGGCAAACCUUCUCCCUAGUCAGCGAUGACUCUCUUCCAACUACGAACCCCCCCGAUGACGUACUUGAGAAUGAUUCUGCAACUACACCAUCUCUGGAAUGGUUAUGGAUUCGGUCUCAGUACUCUAAAAUCUGCUCGAACAUUCUGCAGCUCACAGUAAGCGCAGAGGAAAAGCCAUCUGAAGAUCGUUCAAACAGAGCUGUGACGCUGUCAACGGCGCUGUCAGAAUGGUAUAGAUCAACCAGGAUUAGCCAGAUGAUGCUCUCUCUGGACCAUAGUAAUGCUAUGCGCGCCAAGCUCCAGACGUCCUACUAUUACUAUGAGGCUCGGUUUCAGUUACUAAGCAUAAGCCUACCAAAUCCACAAUCUUCUUCUCUUGCAGAGUUCCAGGAGUGUAGAGGGCUACUUAAGCGAUCAAUACGGGAAAUUAUCGCGCUUUCUCACACCAUACCUUCAGAAUACCUCGUUCAAGACUAUACCUAUCUGUUUAUGAAUAAGCUUGCUUUGUGCCUGCUUGCGCUAGACAUUCUCCUGGAUUUGGAGCAGGAUUGUGGGAAGGAAAGCCGAGCUUUACUUAGCAUGAUUGGUGGUUUUUUUGCUAGGGUAGAUAUGAUAUUGCCACAAAGUACUAUUUUCAAGGGGGUUUCUGAUUUAAUUGAGAUUCUCACAUAUCGUUGA